AUGAAAAUGAUUAAAACUUCAAGCAUAGGAUCUAACCGGCCACUUUCCGGACAGUUGUAUAAAUACACAAACGUAGUCAAAGGCUGGCAGCAAAGAUGGUUUGCUGUAGACCCCGAGACUGGGGUUCUAUCUUAUUAUUUAUUUGAUGGCCCUGGAGACACGGUACAGCCGGGACAACCGGCGCGAGGGGAGGCUCAUUUGGCAGCUGCUGUGAUUUGUCCAAGUGAUGAAGACUCUCGCACAUUCACUAUAAACUGUGCAUCAGGAGACAUGUUAAAGCUUAGAGCCACUGAUGCUCGAGCUCGUCAGGAGUGGGUCAAUGGACUUAGAGCAAUUGCAGAAAUACAUACCAAGGCUAUGGGUGCCAAUCCUCCACUUCAACCAAGGGAGCAGCUGGCCGUUCAUGAUGCAAUGGCUUCAGCGAGGCAGCAACUACAAGCCACUGAACUGAGUGAUGCAGCUUUAGCAAGAAGUAUUGAAUCAUCUGACUCACCGUUCCCUCACACAGAUCCAGAUUUGUUGCUGUUAAAGGUAUCAACUGAUUACUGA